GAAAGAGACAGGGGAGAGAAGCAGAGCCGUGGAGGUGGCAUCGGUAAUGUCGAGAAGGCGUGGCUAUGGGGGGCAGCUUGGGGGUGCAGGCUUGGUGAAGAAGGGUCAGCUUCGGGAUGGAGGCUUGCCAGGCUUGGUGGUUAUGAUGCAAUGCUCAGCUUCGCGGUGCGGCCUGCGUGAAGACAAGCAUCAUGAUCCCCAAAGUGCAGGCUCGGUGAAGACUGCGCGAAGCGUCGUUGAACCGUCGUCGGCUUCGCGGUGCGGGCUCGAUGAAGCCUCGGUGAACAUGCGUCAGCUUCUGAGGGACAGACAGGCAGGCUUGGCUAACGCGCGUCAGGUGGGGGUUGCAGGCUUGGUUAAGAAGCCUCCGGCUCUCGGGGUGCAGGCUUGGUUAAGAAGCCUCCGGCUCUCGGCGUGCAGGCUUGGUGGUUACAAGCGUCAGCUCCCGGGUGCAGGCUGGGUGAACUCGCGUCAGCUUCUGGGUGACUGCACGGACUGGGCCCCUGAAUCUGGUUACGGAAGGCCUGGUGCUCUGCCACCCGUGCAUGCACCUGCGGGGACGAGACUGUCCACGCAGCGUCGUAGUGUCCAUAUUUGGGACUCCGGUUCAUCGCAGUUAGCAGGGAGCGAAACCCAGUACAGCUUUGAAGACACUGUGGCCCGGGACAGAAGUCCCAUCUUCCAGGCGACGCAGGCAUUUCGCGACACUGGAACAUCUUUGCAGGUCCCUCGGGAGCGAGGUUCCAUCAUGGGACCAAGGUGCCACAUCAGCUGCAUCAUAUCAGCUGUGCUACGUUGGCAGGCAGGAGCCACAUCAUCCGUGCCAAGUCAGCAGUACCGCUCAGCUACGCUCCACAUGUGUAUGGUACAGUUGCUGCACAGCAUGACAAAGAAGAUGGAGAGGAAGCAGGGUGAGUCUGAUGACACUUACAUGCUCCGCUUGCAGGCCAUAAUGGAGCACGCCCAAAACUUGUUUCAGCAGCAGCAGGAGGCAAAGGAGAAGAAGAGGCAGGAGGAAGAAGAGUGGCUGCGCAAGGGGGUUGAGGAAGCAGCAAAGUACCAAAAGGAUGCGGAGGGGCAGGAGUACAAGGACAGGUUGGCUGCUCGAGAAGCUGUGCUCGUGGAGGAGUGUGCCAUCCAGAAGCGGGCAGCAUCCUGGAGCACCCGAGCUGCAGAUCCUAAUCACACGCAGAGCGAGGCUGAUGCCAGUUUCCUGCUGAACAUCAUCUCCAUGCUGGUGAAGACUGCUGCUUUGCAGCAGGAAGAGAUACUCGACCUGCAGGCCACCCUGCAGCAGUGUAUAAAUCGCAUUACCGCCUUAGAGAGGCAAGUGCAGAAGACUCCCAGCUCGUCGUCCUCACCAACCCCCACACUUGAUCUUACCUCCUUGGAGAACCGGAUAGAAGACCUGGCCAGUGGAUUGAAAGAUCUGCAAUCCUUGCCCCUGCAGGUAGAGCAGCUGAAUGACCUGGUGUCUUCAUUGCAACAGACCGCACUACAGCAGGUGCAGACAGGUGCAGCGGUGGGUUCGGGUGCUGUCAGAAUGCCUAAAUUGGAUCUCAUUCCGGCUUUUGAUGAUCAUCACAAGGCUGAUCCGACCCAAUGGUGGGACCUGUUCACUCGCACGCUUGACAUGCAUCAGACGCCGAACUAUCUUCGGUUCAUCUGUUUGUAUCAGCGGUCCACUGGCGCCUGCAAAGCAUGGAUGGACAAUUUGCAAGUGACUCAUAAAGUUCCCAUCGACGAUUUGCACACCAAACUUACUUGGCAACAGCUCGAGGAAGCCUGGAAAAAGAGGUUCCAAGUUCAGAAGCCGCACCUGGCCGCAGCCCGCAAGCUCAUGGCGUUCCGACAGGGUGGCCUGCUGAGCACAGAUUGGAUCAACGAGUUUCAGCGGUUGGCCUCCACUCCUAAGCUGGGCUUUGACUUUGAGGUUGUCCUGCAGGAAGUGCUGGUUGAACUAGUGGCAGGACAGAAGCAGAUUUUGGCUGCACUGCAGGCUCCUCGUCCCAUGAUGAGGCAGCCUCAGUAUGCUGUAGCUCCCCCAUCGGUUGCAGGUCCAUCAUUGACGCCGCCACCGGCUGGGCCCUCAUUCUCACCUAUGUUUGGCAUGCCCCCUCCAGGUGGUUAUGUGGCGACUAGUGGUCCGGUUCUUAGAACUUAUGUCGUACCAUCCACGACAGUGGUUAUUACAGUCCCACUGUCAAGUCCAGCUCAGGAUAGUGUUUCCAUGGAUUUCAUGGAUACCCUGGUGACCAGCAAGAGUGUGGGGGAUGAGAUGGAUGGUCCUACCUAUGUUAUCCGUAUCCCUGGACACCUACGCACUCACCCUGUCUUUCAUGCCUCAAAGCUUGCACCUUUCGCUGAGACUGAUCAAUUCCCUUCAAGGAGAUCGAUGCUGCCCCCAACCAUGGAUGGUCAAGUGGACAUCGACGACAUUGUGGAUCACAGAGAUCUGCCUGUUCAGAAGCCUUUGGGUAGAGGAAGACCUCCUAAGCCCAAGAGAGAAUAUCGCGUCAGAUUCAGGCAUCAUACGGAUCCAAAAGAAGGUCGGUGGUUCACCAGAGAGGAACUGAUUGAUACAGCUCCUCAGGUGGUAGCAGAAUAUGAGAGGAAGCUGAAAGGGAAGGCACCUGCGAAGCUGCUGCUACUGCUGCUGCUGCCGUUGCGAGUGCCUCCCACGACUCCUGAGGAAACUGAACGAACAACAACAGAGAUGAAGAUGGCCUCCUGGCGAACGACACCAGUUGGAAAAAGAUGGGAUGAUGUAAAGCCAAGCGUUCCAGCAACAUCAAAAGCUGUUGAAGGCAAUGAAAUCAAUCUUGCAGAACAUCCGCCAAGGACUGCUGACGGCAACGGUCGUGGCGUUGGAAGAAAUGCCAACAACAAAGAGGUGUGCAAAGGUGCAAAGGGGGAUGGAGAGCAUCAUGGGAAGGAGGAAAGCGAACAUGCCGCGAAGGAUGGUCAUAAAAAUUUUGUGAAAGAGCAGCAGCAGUUGCAGAAGCAGCAGAAGCAGCAGCAGGGGCAGCAACAGCAGCCGAAGGUGCAGCAGCAGCAGCAGAAGGUGCAGCACCAGGAGCAGCAGAAGCAGCAGCAGAAGGAACAGCAGCAACAGCAGCAGCAGCAGACGCAGCAGAAGCAACAGCAGCAGCAGCAGCAGAAGCAACAGCAACAGCAACAGCAGCAGCAGCAGCAGAAGCAACAGCAGCAGAAGCAACAGCAGCAGCAGCAGCAGCAGCAGCAGCAGCAGCAGCAGCAGCAGCAGCAGCAACAGCAGCAGCAGCAGCAACAGCAGCAGCAGAAGCAACAGCAGCAGCAGCAGCAGAAGCAACAGCAGCAGCAGCAGCAGAAGCAGAAGGAGCAGCAACCACAGCAGCAGCAGCAGCAGCAGCAGCAGCAGCAGAAGGUGCAGGCGCAGCAGCAGCAGCAGCAGCAGCAGAAGCAGAAGGUGCAGCAGCAGGAGCAGAAGGGGCAGCAGAAGCACCAGGAGCAGCAGCAGCAGCAGCAGCAGAAGCAACAGCAGCAGCAGCAGCAGAAGAAGGAGCACCAACCGCAGCAGCAGCAGCAGAAGGUGCAGGCGCAGCAGCAGCAGCAGGAGCGGAAGGGAGAUGAGGUGGGGGCUGCAGGCUCUGCGGCAACUUUGGCUGGUGCCGUAAAUGGGGUCUCAAUGGGCAAAAGACAGAAGCAGCGCCAGCGGGCAGCGUUGAAAUUGAUGGAGUGGGAGGAGAAGAGGUGUCUGGACGGGAAGACGGAGUGGCCGAAGAUUGGCAGUUUGGAAGGUGUGUCAGUGAAGGAGAUGGACGAUUACAUCACGAGAUAUGCUCCGUACUUCGACAAGGUGAUGGAGGAGAGGUGUGAGAGAAGGGAGAAGUUCCGCAGAGCCCAGGAGCGUGGGAUCAAUGUGGUUUUCGAUCUGCAACAUGAUGAGUCGUUGAUGACACAGGAAAAGAGGAGUUUCAUCGGGCAGCUGACGGAUGCAUACGCGUUGAAUUUGAAGUCUCAAAAGCCUUGCAAGAUAUGGCUGACGGCAUGUAAAAAUCCUCUUCCAAAGGAAUACUCGUCGCAGGGAGUGAGUAGAUGGAUCGUUUCCAAGGACCAACGACCAUACCACGAAGUAUUCAAGACGAGAAUUAGCGAUCUGAUCUAUUUGACGCCGGAUUCGCCGAAGACGCUAGAAUAUCUUGACGACUCCAAGGUCUAUGUUGUCGGAGGAGUGCUUUGCAAUACAGAUUUAGAGGAAGCGAAAUUGAAGAAAGCAAAGGAGCUUGGAAUUGCCACGAUGAAAUUUCCUGUAGGGGAGGAACUGUUGCUGUCUCCUCUUAAGCUGUUCAGGGCGUUUCGAGUGCUGCAGCUCUUGCUGGCAUACAGGCAGUGCUAUGACUGGGAGAAGGCUUUGGCGAUGUGUCCCGUACGGCGCAAACGACCUCGUCCGGAAACGGCUGCUGAGGGUGAAGAGGGAGAUCAAGAAUCCAAGAAGGGGAAAGCAGAGGAGGGUACACGUUUAGUCAGUGAUGGUGAUUCAUCACAAGGAACUGGUUGUGAUCCAACCUCUCAGAGCGCGGACGCUGUCGGAGUGGCGAUCUCCGCUCGUGAUAGGAACUUCUCUUCCAUCGCUGCCCCCCUUCACAGAUUGCUAAAGAAGGAGGCGAUUUGGAAGUGGGACCAAGAUCGUACAUCGUCCCUGAAGAAGUUGAAGCGGGCUUUGAUAGAAUACCCAGUCCUCAAGGUAGCUGAUCCAUCCUUACCUUUUGUUGUCACCACUGAUGCUAGUCAGUAUGGUAUGGGUGUUGUUCUACAGCAAGAUGAUGGCAAUGGGUAUAGACCCGUAGAGUUCAUGUCCGCUAGGAUGCCUUCAGAGAAGGUAGCAAUAUCAACCUAUGGGAGGGAACUCUACGCUCUUAGGCAAGCCUUAGAUCACUGGAAGCACUACUUGCUUGGGAGGCACUUUAAAGUCUAUUCCGACCAUGAAACAUUGAGGUGGUUGAAGAUGCAGGCCAAGAUGACACCUAAGCUGACUAGGUGGGCCGUCAAGAUAGAUCAGUUUGACUUUGAGCUCAAGCCAGUCAAAGGGAAUCGGCUGGAUCGGAUCGCUCCCGGAGGGCUGAAUGGUAAGAAGGGGGAGGGGGGAGCUCUAUCUUGCAGGGGCAUCGCAAGGUGCGAGGUGAAUGUCUCAAAGAGGUCGGAGGGAGGAAGGAAGGAGGGAGGCAGGAGAUGGGGUGGAGGGAGGAAUGGAGGAAGGAGGUCAGGUGGACAGGGUGCCGAAGAAGGAAGGGAGGAAGGAGAUCGGGGGAAGGAGGAGGUCACUGCGGAUCUGGCAGAGGAGGAAGGGGAGGGAGAAGGUCGGGGGAAGGAGGAGGUGAGGCGGAGAUUGCGCGAAGGAAGCGGAGGGAGGUGGCCAGGCGGAGGGGAGGUGAAGAGGAGGUCCGGAGGAGGCCGGGAGGGGGCAGGGAGAAGUAGGGAGCAGGCAGGGCAGGAAGUAGAAGGGAGUGACGAGGUUGGGUGGAGAGUGAUGGACCGAUUCGUUGUUCGCGGGAAGUUGCCAUUGAUCCUUGAAGAAGAGCUCCGAUGCUCGUCUCCGUCUGAAGCUGCCAUCGUUUCGAUAUCGGGCUGUAGAGGGAAACAUGCAAGUGAUUCUCAAGGCCGAAAGCGAGGAGUACACGGGAGUGGUAGUGGUAGGUUGGGAACGAUGACCCGAGAGCUGUGUGGUCGACUCGCAGAACAUGACAGGCGCAUGGGUAUCCUCCGGUUCAUUUCGUCCGUUGACCAAGUAGUCAACGUGCAGAACUCCUUGUUGUGGUCUUCUCCUAGUGCAAUAGAAGGACUAGAUCUGUGGGUAGAUCCAGAAGUUGCUGUGUGGGGUAGCAAUCCGACAGCACCGAGGGGUCAUCGAGGAGGGGGUGAUGGUAGUUUUCGCUUUGAUUACGUAAGGGAAGAGCCGUUUGGCGCUGGGAGUGGUGCUGGUGGGACUGACACAGCGGCGGUUGGAGGGAUACCCUCUGUCCUGGAUAUGGCAUUUGACAGCAAGGGUGUUUACUUGGCCGUUGGAAAUUCGAAGGGGGUUCUAUCUGUGCACGAUUUUGAUAUUUUACGCGUCCACCGACCGCGAUGCCUGUACAACGCCGCGAUCCUUGUGGGGACCAACGAGAAGCUGGAGUCUGUCAAGUGGAACCCCUUUAAUCAGAAUGAGGUGGCCUGUGGGUGCUCUGGCAGGGGCUCCCAAGGCGUCCACAUAUUUGACUUGGGAGUGAGGGGUACAGAGAUCCCAAAGCAGAGUUUAAGGGUCAGCAAGAGCAUUCACCCCACGGAAGUCGGGAAGCAUGGCAUUUUGGACAUUGCCGUCUGUCAGCUGUGGGAGGGUCGAGUGGUGGGCACGGGGAAGAACGGUAAAGUCUUUGUCUGGGACCGCAGGAGAGGGAACUUGCCCUGUGCCAUGAUGGGUGGUGUGCAUGCCUCCAUGGGUGCCGUCAAUGCCAUCGAAUUGUCCAAUGACGAGCAGGUGGUCUACGGCGGCAGUGAGGGAGGGAACAUUUACACCUGGGACCUCAGGGUUGGCGGGUGCAAUCGCAGUGACCCAAGCUCCUCUUGUGCAUUUAGUGGUGCUGGCGACGUUCGAGCAAAUCUGCCUCUUCAUGUAACUCCCCUCGACGAGUUGUUUCGGGCGAUGCGGAUGGCGAGUAGAGGGCGGGAGAGAGGUGAGACUGUCCCCCUGUCGUCGUCGUCGUCGUUGUUGACUCAUGAGGGUGAUUUUGAACCAAGCGCGGUACACGCCCUUGCCCUGGACCCAUCCGAUGGCUGCCGCCUGGCAUUCCAUCUCAACAACGGGUGGUCUGGGGUGUUGGACACCGGCGGCAUGCGCCGCAUCCUUCAUGCCGACUGCCCCCCUCCGCCGUGGGCCUUUGGCAGCGACUUGCUUAACGCUGUCAAGAGCAGCAGGUUUAGACGACGACCGGCUUGGCUCCGAGGGCUCUCGGUGUACUGCACUCCGUCUGCAAUUGACGGCAGUGUUGAGUUCCUCGACUUCUCUAGGCGCGCACUUUUACCUCGUUCUCGUGGGGGAGGUGGUGGUGAUGAGGGAGGGCACGGAUACUUCGGCGUGGCUGCAGGGAAGAGUGGUGGCGCUGCACGGGCUGUGUCGGAGAGAAGCGGCGAGAAGGGAUGGGAGCAAGCUCGCCAACCUGUGAAUAGCCUGGCAGUCAAGGACUACAGAUGGCAGAUCCUAUCUAGCCUAUCUAUGAUGCCGCGGAUGACGUCAACAGCUCCCCGAAGUACGAGCAGAUCUCGGACAAUGCUGUUCGCCUCAAGCACCAGGCACCGCGUCGACCUCAUCCUGGGUGGCCACAUAGCCAAAGCGGAGGAGAAGAAGGCGAACCUGGCAAAGGAAAGGGAAGGGAUACUGGGGAGGACCACUAGAUUGGAGGAGACCCUCAAGAAGAUUUGGGAGGUCGGGAAGGAUCCUGAGGUAGAAGAGGAAAAGGCUGAAAACGAUGGGUAUGAUCGGGCACUUAUGGGGAUAAUGCGGGAGGAGGAGGAGGAACUCAGGCAGCUCCUGGAUAACCAGCCCCUGCCCUCGCCUCCAUCGGGAGGAGUUGGGCAGGGAGCAAGCCGGAACAGGAGUAACAGAUUCGUCCCCAUUGGCUCUGCGCAGUGGCUUGAGAGUAUGAUGGGGCAACAACAGGAUAGGGGAUGGGUGGGGAAUGGGUUUAAUAACCUGGCUCCGAUCAACGUCAAAGGUUGGAAAUUCCUAGCUGACAUGUCGAAGAACGAAGUCGAGGAAUGUCGAAGGAAGGCACUGGCAGGAACGCUGGACUAUGCUAACGCUACCCCACACUUCGGUGGCAAACUCACCUUCCCCACCCUAAGUGUGCUCGACCCUACCAAAUGUGUGUUUGCUAACCCAGUGGUUAUGCAGAAGAUGAUCCCAUCAUCCCUUAGCCUGGAUCUGAGGAACCUCCGCAGAAUGGGACGACGUAUUCCGGAGGUGCUCAGAGUGGAGCUUGAUCCGGAUAUUUUCCUGCCCUGGCCGCCAGCGGGUCCCACCAUGAUCAAGAUUGCCAAGCCUAACAUCUGGGAAGCCCAGAGGAGCUCCGGGCAACCUGCUAUACCCAUCGACAACAUCGCUAUGGCGGACAUCCUGACUGUGAUGCCACAAAUCACGACUAUCGCUAGGGUCUUGCUUACGGUGGAGUGUGAAGGAGUGGCGGUGGGGGAGAUAAGGGGAUUUGGCACCCGAUCGGAGGAAGGAACGAUUAAUUGUGAGAUGAGGCUGAGGGGAGUUUCUGGGGAGGGGGCAUUCCCCGGAAAGCAGAUUGGGCUGCUCUGGCCGGUGGUGAGAGCAACCAUGAAGGACGUAGCUUCAUCAAUAGCUGCUACGCUGGACUAUGGCGGAGAUUCUGGAGGCAACUGCUUUUAUGGAUUCGGCGGGCUAUUUGGCCUUGGAUCGGACUUCUGGGGGAGGAUUGUGAAGAUCGGAGAUGCCCUGUACGCGGAGCCGGAACCAGAUGCACCAGGCACGGAUGGAACACUGGCGAUAACUGGUGGGGGUACCACGACUACUCGGAACGAUGGUGGAACAGCGGGAGGAAGCGCGACGGAUUAAUCGGUGGAGAUAGCAUACUGCAGCAGAGCCGCCUGGCCAACGSAAACAGGCGGGGAGGGGAAGACAGGGAGACCAUCCCUCCUAAAUGAACUAAUACACGCAAU